AAGUGUAACUCUCGUUGCGAAAUCUAACGCAAAAUCAUCUUGUGUCUGUUGCGAACGUUCCUGGGGUUCAUUCCGAUACCAAAUCAUUAGUUUCAGAAAUCCCCGUAUUAUUAGUCUGUGCCCUGUGGGUGAUCAGAAUGAUACCAGAGUGGUCAGGCUGGGGAAUGAUAUCCUACAUCUGCAGUAUCUGAUUGAUUAAGGUACGCACAAGACGGUGGGUGGAGAAGAUUCAUCAGCACACCAGACGUUGUUGCACCAUUAAAUGGGUAUUCCAUUGCACUAAUGUUGAAUUAUCAACGGGAAUAGAUAUCACGAUGAACCGUUUAUACGUAGACUGAUCACGGAAUGAUCGCCGAAGUUUAACAGCCACUGGAAAAAUGAUUGUAGCUGUCGUUUCAAUAAUGAGAUUUUAAUACUGUGUUUAAUUUGUAGCCAGAUGGGAUUCAAGAGCAAGUACUCGUGCGAAAAAAUUAAUGCCUGAGUAUUGGAACCGUGAAUUAUAGGCUAAUAACAGUGAUGUAUUUGACUCUUUAUAUUUGAAAUCAUAAAAACUGUAAAGCUGGGUACCGAGCUGGUUGGCAAAAUUGAUUUACGUUGAUCAAUCUGAUCAGAUUUUCAGGUUCAUUAAAGGUAAAAAAUAUGAUUAAAACUGUAAACUGAAGAUGGGGAAAGAAAUAGUGACAAAAAACUGGAAUACAAGGAAUCCAUUAUUCGUCCUCAGAGAUUUAUUUCAGAUAUUAAGAUUUAUUUCGGAUAUUAAGAUUUAUUUGGGAUAUUAGCGUCUAUUGAAUCGGAAGUGUUUCAUGAAAAGAUUAUAAGUGCAAGAAAAAGUAGAAAGAAAAACAUUGCUGAGAGAUGCUUACGCAUCGCAGCAACCUUCAAGUGAUGGAUAAAUAAUAGCAGUCAAUUGAAGAAGGAAACGUAAGUACCUACGUAAAAGCUUUUUGUUCUUCUUCUUGUCUAAUGAAGAAAAUGGCCGAGACAUUUAGAAGACUCCAGCAAGGUGUCUGACGGACGUUGAAGAAAGGGAGCGAGGUAGAGAGGACCCCAUAAAAUCUCCCGAGGUUCCCCUUUUCGAAAGAAUUCCAGAAGACGCCGAUCAUCGGGUCAACGACUUCAUCUCCUCCGAUCCGGCCGACCAUAAACGAUGUGCCGGGGAGCGGAGAUGGAAAUGGGCGUGGCCCCUGUGCCUGCCACCCCUCGGUGGGUGGCGUGGGCCACCCGCCUUCAGAAGAGCGCGCCUCAGGCGGCGCUCUUCCUCUUCUUCGUCGUCUACACGGUCGCCGGGGCGAAGAUAUUCCAGGCGCUGGAACAUCCAGAGGAAGUCAGGUCUCAGAAGGAGGCUGGCGAGACCUUGGUCACUCGUCGAAGGAACUUCCUGGAUUCUUUGAUAAACCUCACUGCUCCUUCGUUCGCUGAAUAUAAGAAUCGAGUCUCCAUCGCUCUGGAAACCUACGAGGAAGCUGUUGAGUCGGCCGUGGAAGCUGGAGUCUCGCCUCUCGAUCCCAAGAAACCGCACUACCAGUGGAACUACAUCGAGAGCGUCUUCUUCGCCUCCACUGUUAUCACUACUAUAGGAUACGGCAACAUGGCUCCAGUGACGUUCUGGGGUCGCUUCUUCUGCAUCUUGUACGGCUUCGUAGGAAUCCCGGUCACUCUGAGCGUCAUUGCGGAUCUGGGGAACUUGUUCGCAAACAUCGUCUCCGCUCUCGGUCGGAAAAUCAAGACGCUCUUCAUGCAGUGUCGUCCUUGUAAGGGCAUGAAGUCUCCUGGAGAACAGCAAUUCCGCGGACUCAUAGUCCUGGGCGCAGUUGUGUUGCUGGUUUACAUGGCCAUAGGUGGCGUCAUUUUCAUCUUGUGGGAGGAUUGGACUUUCUUCGAAGCCUUUUACUUCUGCUUCAUCACCAUGACGACCAUAGGCCUAGGUGACCUCGUGCCAGGUAAAAAUCAAUUUAACGUUAUUUGUGCUAGGUUUAAGAUACUGUACAUCCUCAUAGGCCUAGCAUUGACCUCCACUAUCAUUGAACUUGUGAGGAGGCAAUACGCUGAAAGUUGGCAACACAUGAAGGAACUGAGUGGUAGACUUGGAGAAUUGUCAGGACCACUGGCAGAUCACCUGAGGCGCAUCGGCGAGCAGGCUGGCGAUCUCAAUAUUGACGUCCACCUUAUGAAGGAUUUAAGAGAGCUGAGGAGUGCCAUUCAGCUGAGCAAGUUGGAAAGCCUCACGAGACUGGACCCAAAACUCAAGAACGACGCGAGGAUAGCGGAGUUACUAAGAGAACACUUGAAUUCCACCAAUGAGAACGGAGAUUCUGCAUUCCUUGACAUCUUGGAUACGGAGCCACUACGCCCUGAGCCUAAGAAAAGAAAAGUUAUACAAGUGGUGAUCUAUGAAAGUUCCGUUUAGCUCAGCCUUUUAUCAAAAUAUAAAAUAGCUUUUUUUACGGUUGAGUCUCGUGUUCGAGAACGGCACAUAAGCCACAGAUAUUAAAUGACAUUUGUAAAGAUAUUUACAAAACUUUAUAUUUAUUGCCUGCCAUCUCAAUUCUUUAUUUCGAAUGUUUAUUGAACUAGCAUUAAUUCUACUAGUAUUUGUAUGAUGCAAUGUAAGACCAAGUGAAUGUCCUCAUAUAAAUUCUGCAGUGCCAUUUUCUGAAUGCAGUAGCGCAAUUUCUCUCACACAAAAGUGACCAGAGUUGAGUUAAUCAGUUAAUCCCCCGGGUGAGUGAAAUCUGCUCCUGACAAAAUCACAAGAAAGACUAGCCUACCUUGUCCUUGGAAGCAAGUACGAUUUAGAAAAUAGAUACAGCAAUGCAACUAAGUAGUAAAAUUUUCUUGGGCGAGGGGAAACAGAGGGAGAAGGUCCAAAAUAAGAGAGCAAUGAUUCUAAUGAGGACUAAGUGGUUAGAACUUGAGCAACUGAUUAUGCAACUAUAUCACAGAUAUGAUGAUGGAUGUCGCAGUUGGUUCCUAUUUGAAGUUUCAAGGCGAGUGUAGUACCAAGCUACCAACCGCGUGUCAUAGUGGGACCUUUCUUGCUUUGGUAACCACUGCAGCCUUCGUAAUCUAACAAUAGUUAAGAUGUGGUAAAAAAUUUGAGACUUCACAUAAUGCCGGAUUUCUUCUCAUUUGUUUCCAUCCACAUGACCAACAUGGUACUGUAGUGUUGAGAAAAAUUUCCUUCUGGUUGCAAUUUUUCGGUUUCGUGGAAGUUAAAUAUAAUUUCAGGAGCCUUUUAGGUAAGUACUAUACCUGGUUUUCAGACACAUGGGUUGUAAACUGUUUUGGAAAUGGUAUAUUAAAAUAGUUAUUUUUCACGAUUCUUGCACAAUCAAGGGCCUAGAAUUGUGGCAGAAAAGCCUAUUGGUAGGUUAAUCAUUAUUGUGUAGGCCAGCCUACCUAGGUAUAGGCUAUCCAACUGAAUUACGAAACUGUUAAGAUGAUGUAUUGUACAUUACAGAUGUUGGUGCUGUCCAGAUACUGUGGCAGUAUCAUUCCACAUCAUUGCUUGUAAGAAUGACUAAAUGUGAAACAAAUCCUUUUUGCAUAUGCUUAAUGAAGCAGUGUUAUGUUACAAUUACUUUUAGUAAUAUAAUAAAUAUGGCAAAAUGUUAAAAAUAGCAGUAUUAACUAUAUUAGUCUGUUCCUUUUACCCAACUUAGUUUUGCCUUAGCCUAUUUGUAGUAGUGUAUGAUUUAGAUCCAUGUUCCAGACUUUUCCUGAAUUUGAAAAGUUACCAUAUGCUCCAAGUUUGGGAGAAUGUUUCCUAGUAAGUUAUGUUAUUAACCUUAUGUUCAAUAAAACGUAACUUCUAAUAGUAGGGUCGUAACAGACCAAUAGUUAAUUUUUGUUUUCAAUUUAUGGGGGUUAUUAGAUAAUUACGAACGAAUUGUAACUAUUUAUGAAGUCUUUUAUUUAUUUUUAUUAUAUUUAUCCAUUUUCUUAUUGGCGUUGCAUUCAUAGAAAACUUCUUGUUUUUUGUUUACUAAGUGGAAGUUCAAAGUGGGAAAGUUACAUCAAUCUUUCCAACGAAAUUUCAUCUAACGGUAAGUCUUUCUGUCAUAAUCAUUAUUUAAAUUUAAGGCAAUUCUAAGCCGUCAUUCCGCGGUAAAGUAGACUAUGACAGUUGACGUUUUC